GAUAAGUUUCAUUGAACACAUUGAAAACUGAUAAUGUAAAAAGUAAGGAAUCGAGAACGGGUUGUAAAAACAAGAAGAUGAAAUCACCAUGCAAAAUGUAUUAAGCCUACUUCUGAAUCUUAUCUGCUGAUUUAAUAUUGCAAGUUUGAACUGCAAAUGGAUUAUCUUUCCCGUGUCUCGAGUUAUCAAAACUUGAUCGUUCAACAAAACUGCACUGGGAAAGCCUCAUAAUAUAUACACAUAUCGAAAUUACGGAAUCCAUAAGUUUAUUCGAGUAGGAUGAUUAUGCAUGUUUUGAACGACAAAAUAGCAACCAGGAGUGUUUUAUCGGCGCCAGUACGGUUCAAGAUAUUCUGUUUCGGGGUAUAAAUAGGCCACGGAAACAUGAAUCGAAUCAGUCUCAACUCGAAGAACUUCGAAACAAGACACAAAAUGAGGAUCCUGAUCUUACUUCUGGCUUGCCUGGCGAUUGCCAACGCAGCCUCCUAUGUUCAACAUCCAUGUGGUUACACUAAAUAUUCCAUCAGGAGAUUCUACGUCUUCCCUACUUCGGCAUGUCUCAAGUUUCGUGUUCAUUUUUCCAGCUCCUGGUUCACUACCAAAUAUUAUUCUUCCGUGAUGAGUUCUUAUCCUGGAACUAAAUGUGGAACAGAUGAUUUUCAAGAAAUGACCAAAAUCGAAUUCAAGACCAAUCUUGAGAAGAAGCUGAAGUCAAAGGCAGAUGCAAUAUUGAAGGAGAUGAACGAACAUUACGAUACUUGGCUUGUUGAUUUCAACUUGAGAAUGGAGAGUUGCAAGACUAAAUUUGCCGAUAGAGUCAAUGAAUAUACAAAAGAAUUUUUGAAGUAUUUUAAGUUAAUUUUCUUUUAA